GGGAAAUCUUGUAUAAGACCCCCCAUCGUCCCUGGGCAUGGCGGCGGGGGAGUGUCAGAUUCCUAUUGACUAAAACCCCACGGCAACCGACACUGGCGCUAAUCAAGUGGUCAUCAUUCAACGAAUGUCUUAAAGUUAACGCAAAUAAUCUUUACUUUGAAUUUUUAACAAAAAUUUGAUGCUCGAUCGAUACUGUGGUACUAUCAUUGUAAGAGUACACAUAUAACAUUUUUCUGCUUUGUUUUCGAGCAUGCGUACAACGUCUCAGCGUCACUCACAGACAUGUGUCCGCAUUAUUAAAAGGAAGGAUUUUAUUAGCAGAUAGAGUGCUAAGGGAGUCACCAAGGAUCUCAAAUUUUAUUCGAACAGAGAAGAAAUUUAACGCGUUCACUGGCACAGUAGAAAUGUCCAAGUAUGGUCAGGCACGUUAUUAUUAUUAUUAUUAUUAUUAUUAUUAUUAUUAUUAUCUUUACAUUGCAUAAGGUACAACAAGGAUCUCGGAAAAGUACAAAUAAAAGUACAUGAGAAUUAUCUAUGGCUAACAUGUGAUCGCUUGGCAAGAUUAUAAUUGCAAUUAUUCAGGAUUUGACUUUGUCUGGGUCAAAACUUCAAAAAAAUAUCGUUAUUACAGUUUUUUUACAGAGACCAAUUUGGAAGAAUCGAGACUGAUGUAUUUCUCUUUCAUUAACGAGAACGAAGGUUGCUUCGUCACGAAGCCUUUUAUCCAGAAACGAUGAUAAGCAAUCAGUAACAGCGUCCAAAUUGCGCACCAUUGUUUAUCUAACGAUGAAAAUGGGGAAGGUCGAUUAAGAUGAUUAUCGUGGACAAACAGGUGACACGAAAUUUAUUGGGCGACUCGAUUAAAAACGAGAAAAGUUGCUGGUUGCAGCAAUUGGUAGUGUACCUUCGAAACGUAACGGCGUGAAAUUGUUGGAGAAAGAUUUGUAAGAAUUUUUGCAAUGUUAUCACUGGUGAUUCGUUUUGGGAGUAUAAUAUAAAUUAUGCUAAUGCGAAUGAACGGUGCUUCAUUCUCAGCCAACUAGAAUUGAAUCUCAUUAUCAUCACUUGACCUACGCUGCGGGGGCCAACUGUUAUACAAUUGAUCCCUAUCGAAAUUGAAAUGAUUUUGUAGGAAAAUAGCCUCGCAAGUGCAUACUAAUUGUUUCUUCGUUUAUUACCAUUUGAAAUGGCUUUGAACACUGUUUUAAUGAUUUCUACGUUGCUUAUCAACGCAACUGCAGAUAACAGCGUCAAUUACAAUGACUUGAUUGAAACAACGGUGACAAUCGUUAAAUCUUGCACGAGUUCUAAACAAAUCUCUGCUCUAUUGUUAGCUGGAGAAUACGAUGAUUUUCUUCAAAAAUCAUUGCUAGAUGAUGUACCAGUGGCUCUGAUUUCAGAAUCAGAUCCAAACAACUUUGAAUUCUACACCUUGACUAGAUACUUGUUCACGGAAUUCCGGAAGUUCUCAACGCUGCAAUUACUUUGGAAAAUGAAUGAAUUCGUAGUGGUAGCACGAUCCCAACCUCUGCUACGAUUGCUCUUACAAAGGAUAAAGGACUCUAUUUGGUCUAACUUCAACGGAUUCUACGUUCUAAUCGAUAGGAAGACGGGGAACUAUGGUUGUUCGAACGCGUACAGAUUCCUCUGGGUUGCCUGGGAAUACGAGUUGUUAUCUACGAUAUUCUUGUGCAUCGAUCCUGUCGAAGGACUUUUAAUCUACACCUACAAUCCUUACACGAACGUGAUUCCAAGGGAGUGGCAGGAUGCUGGAUCGUUUAAAGGUCGCAAUGGACAUCCUUGGUUAUUGCUGAAGAAGAAAUAUCGAAAUGGUCCAGGGAUGUGUAAGGAUCUAAAUUUCGAUAAGACGAGUGAUUUGAACGGAUACGAAGUCCGAAUGAACGCGAUUUCCUACCCGCCUUACCUUCACAUAGACCCUCAGGGGCGAGUGGACAAACAAUUUGCCGGUGAAAACGGCGAAGUUAUACAGAUGGUGUUCAAUAAGUUAAAUGCUAGCCUAAAUGUAAUGGUGCACAAUGGAUCUGCAUACGAUCUCGGCGGUGUUGGACCUCAUGGAAAUAUCGUGGGAAUGUUGGCAGAUAUCGAAUCGGGCAAGGUGGACAUGGGAAUAAAUGCGAGGCACUUGCACGUCAUGUGGAAACUUGGGACCACGUAUCCUCAUGGUCAGAAUGGUAUGUGUGUGAUCACCCAACGAGCAGGCGAAGUAUCAGAGUUAACUAAAGUCAUAUCGUUUAUGUCGGUACCCGUAAUACUUGGAAACCUGGUGGUUUUUAUAAUUGCAUUUUGGCUGCUUGCUAAAUACAAGGGAGUACUACAUGCCGCGUUGGAUAUUAUUCGUUUGAUGACUGUGGUGUCCAUCCAUCGUCUUCCUCAAAGUAUUAGUACCAGAGUUUUCUUCGUCAACGUGUUUGUACUGAUACUGAUAAUGAAUUCGUUGCUGCAAAGUCAUCUAGCCUCUUUGCUCAGUCUGCCAGUUUUUAGACCUAACAUCAAAACUCCGGAGGACCUCAAGAGAGCUAAUUCCACGAUAUACGGUUCAAAGCUUCAAGGCCCGACCAUACAUGAUCCGGUAUUAAAAUCCCGUUUUCACGCGGUUUCCUAUCACGAAUGCGAGCAACGAGUUCGGAAUUCUAGACACGCGGCUUGUCUGGACGAUUGUUCUCACCAAUAUGCGAGGAUCAAGGACAACAGUCAGACAUUCUAUAAUUCGCGAGCGAUACAACAGAAUUUACAAGUCUAUGUUACGAAAGAAAACUGGUCGCUGCUCAAGCCAAUGACGAAAUUGAUACAGAAGGCAGUGGAAGGUGGGAUCGUGUUAAUGUGGAAGAAUGUUAGUAGGUUCAAGUUAUAUCGGGCGUGGAAAAAGAGGAUCGCUAGAGAAUUCAGAAGUUAUAGAACACUGACGAUGAAGAAUGUUGGGUUUUGCUUUUAUACACAGGUGAUAGGAUUUAUUCUUGGCACUGUUACUUUCCUUUUUGAGAUUCUUAUUGCACGAUAUAAACCUAGACUUAUGAAAAUACACGAAAGGAUUAGAGACAGAGAAGAAAUAAAGAAAUUACAAAAACUAUUGAAUAAUAAAAAACGAGGAACAUCGGAAAUUGUAUAAUACGGAGAGUAAGAGAGGAUACGAAUAGAAAAAAUGUUAAUUGGUCAAUAUUUUAUUUAUUCCUUCACUUUAUUUUAAACAAUUUGUUCAUUCGAAGGAUCUCUUAAAUCCCCGUGAAAUGAAUAUGUUAUAGUAAAUACGUUCCUUUUUACAAUUUAUACCAUAUACACAAUAAUAGUAAUAAUAAUAAUAAUAAUAAAAUUAUUAAUAAAAUUAAUAAUAAUGAAUAAUAAGAAUAUAAUGAUAAUGACGAUGAUGGUGACAAUUAAUAAUCAAUAAUAAUUCAUUAAUAAUAAUAAUUCGUUAAUAAUAAUCAGAUUAAUGCAAGGCUACGGCGCAAAAAAAAAGAAGAAAAAGAAACAAAACGUAGAGUAUACGACACAGUGAAACCGUCUUCGUUUCUUAAUUUUUUUUUAAUUAACCGACGGUUAUUUACCUAUCUUAUGUACGCAAUUUACAAACCGUUUGUCAGCUGCGCAAUUAAAUCUUUCCCCCACUUUUCAUUCACUUUUUUGUUGCGAUUCUAUCUCCCUCUUUCUCUCAUUUUAUUUUCACUUUUUGUUAGUAAAACACUUCUCACUCUCUCCCUCUCUCUCAAUCCGCUUAAGCUGAGAUUACUAUAAAAUAGAUAAAAAAGCCCUGCUCGCAAAAUAUCUUGCAAAUAUAUAGAUAUAUAUAUAUGUAUAUGUAUAUAUGUAUAUAUUGUCACGGUCUCUUUUCUCUUUCUUCUUUCCCCCGUUCACUCUCGUCUCGUUUCUCUCCUCUUUCUCCUUCCUACAUCGAUUCUUUAAACCGGAUGUGUGAUCGAUCGAAUUCAAAGACGAAUCCAUGUGAAAUCAUUUUUUCUUAUUUCAAUUCGCGCGUUACGUGCCGCGUUUCCGUUCGAAGCGGGUCCAUCAAGCGGAAAAAGACCUUUUGAUUUAUAAAACCUUAAACGGUGAAGCUGGGUCCAGACCCACGAAACAAAUACAACGAAUUUUUAAAUAAAAGAGCUUCAGAUAUUAAGAAAUGGUAUCCAAAGGUAUAGACUAAAAUUUAAAAACAGCAGUCCGCCAUUCGAGAAAUAAAAAUUAAUUCAUCGUAACACCAAUUCAUAUGAAAUUAAACGAAAUUCCCGAACGAGAACAGCGGCCACGAUUUAACCUGUUAACCGGGGAAGACGAAUGAACUCGUCACCUUUAUUUACGAAAAAAAAAAAAAAAAAAAAAAAAAAAAA